AUGUCCAAACUGGAAACUGCAAUGGGAAUGAUCAUUGCUGUCUUUGACAGGUAUGCAGCAACUGAAGGCAAUAAGCUAACCCUUACUAAAGCAGAACUGAAGACUCUCCUGGAAAAAGAGCUCCCUAACUUCUUGGAGUCGGCAAAAGACAAGGAUGCUCUUGACAAAAUCCUGAAGAACCUGGAUGAAAAUGGAGAUUCUGAAGUAGACUUCAAUGAAUUUGUCGUCUUUGUGGCAGCCAUGACUUCCUGCUGUCAUAAAUACUUUGAGCAGAAAGGACCAAAAUGAUUGAAGAACAGCUUGUAUA